AGACGUCCACCAAUGAGUGGGCUGGGGGCUUGAAAGCUAAGAGCUUGGAUUCUGAAGGGUUUCAGCGAGCCCCACGCCAUGGCAAAAGCUCAUAAAAAGAUGCAGAAAGCCUAAAAAGAUAAAGCCAACAGGUCUUCUCAAUGCCAUCACCUCCCUCGUUAUUUAAUUAUCUGCAUGCGAUGCGAUCCAUCCUCCUCUGCAAAACCAUGAUUGAAACCAAAGUCCUCCAUAUGUUGUCCCCUGCUCCAGCUUGAACAGGUAUAGCAGUGGCGCUGUCUCAAUCACGAAUACAAGACUUCUGAAGCAUAAAAAAAAAAAAAUCGAAUCUUGGAGAAGAAAAUUAAGUGGCGCAAUGGAGGAGAGCGGCAGAGUGUACAGGAAAGGCAACUGGAGUCUCCACGAGACGAUGAUCCUGAUCGAAGCUAAGAAGGUGGAUUACAGCAGGAGGACGCAGAGAACGUUGAAGGAGAGCGGCGGUGGAGGCGGAGCCGGCAGCAGUCGGCCGCAGGAGAUGCGGUGGAAGUGGGUGGAGGAUUGUUGCUGGAAACAGGGGUGCCACCGGAGCCAGAACCAGUGCAACGACCGGUGGGACAACCUCAUGCGCGACUACAAGAAGGUGCGAUCCUACGAGGCGAGCUCGAGCCACGAUCCGGCCUCGCCGUCUUAUUGGAAGCUGGAGAGGCACGAAAGGAAGGAGAGAAACCUGCCCGCCAAUCUCCUGCCGGAGAUAUACGAAGCUUUGAGUGAGGUGGUGCAGAUGAGAGCCGCCAUGGCGGAGAAGCCACAAGGUGGUGGUGGCGGCGGCGGCGGCACGCCGUUGGUUGCUCCAUCCAUAGAUUCUGAAGACAGUGAACGCUCGAUCUCAGCAUCGCCGGAGACGAAGAGAAAACGAGGAAGAACAGGGGAAGAAAGCAGCAGUCACCGCCACCUCGGGGUCGGCUCUGCGAUCUCCAAAUGCGCCUCGAUCAUAGCAGAUGCUUUGCAGGAAGGUGAAGAGAAGGAGGGGAUGAGGCACAAGGAUCUCCUCGGCAUCGAGCAGAGGAAGGCGAAGCUGGAGGAGACGAAGUCGCAGGUCGCCGCUCAGUCCAUGGACGGCCUCGCCACCGCCGUCAACAAGCUCGCCACCUCCAUCCUCGGCUUGGUCACCGCCAGAGUGCAGAAGCUCCAAAAGUAAACGGCAUCCAAUCAUCAACCAAGCUGGGUCGGUCGAGCUUGCUGUUCCGGAGAAAAAGGUCAGUCCAUGAAGAAAGAUUCUCUGCCUCUUUCUCUCUUUCUUUGCAUGUAAGAGGAUGAUGAUGUUGACUUAAUUAGAUUAUACAGCGUUGAACUUGUAGUGGGUUUAGAUUUGGAGCUUGAUCAAUAGAUUUGUUUUGUGUAAUCCAAUUGUUGUCAUGUUGGAUCGAGGCAUUUACUUUUUGUGUCA